AUGAAUUGCAAUAAUUUGGACGCCAUUUGUGACACAAGUUGCAGACCUGAACCAGUGUAUUCAAAGGAUUCGGACGUACAAAAUGAGUUGACGCGCAUUUCUUGUUAUCUUGCUGGUGAAAUUGAAGUCCCGGACGGGGUUCCUUGUUGGAAAGUACUGUAUAAUCCAGUAUCUGCACGCGACAAAAAUGAAGUUCACAAAUCCGAGUCUUCCGACCAACGUCGGUCACGUGCAGAGAAAAGGAAACUUGAACCGGUGAACUAUCAAGCCAAAAGAUCAUCCAUUAGAACCGAUAUUGAACUUCCUAUAGAUUUCGACUCCUGUUUUUCUCGCCUUUGGAAUCAUGCAACUAAACAUUCAAUUGUGAACGCCGUUUUACAUUGUGACCCAUUUGCAGAGCGUCUACGAAGAAUUGGCGAAUUGGCCAAAGGUGGCCUUCGAGAAAGGGGAUUUUUUACAAUGAAGAACCUUCUCGGUCCUGAGCACGCUGUUCGAAUCAGUCAAUGGGCGUGGAAUCGUUGGCGUAAACAACCGCAUUUAUUUCGUCCGGGUAAAGUGUCUGUGAACGAAUCGAAUUCUGUCGAAGUUAGGCGGGAUUUAGUCGCAUGGAUUCAUCCGGAUCUUCCAAUCUCUUCAUCUCCCAUUGACGCAGAGGAAAGAUGCCUGGUACCAUACGUUCAAUUGCUAUUUCUCUACAUCGAUGCUGUGGUACGCGCUGUAGGUGGCUGUGUCCAGAAUCGAUAUGGUGAAUGGGCAGUGGUUAAUGGGAAAAGUUGGGCAACUCUAUCAUCCUACCGCAGACAACCGGAAGAGAUUAAAGAAGCGGUGGGCUAUGUAGCUCACUAUGACAACCCGGAUACACUGUGUGAUGGACGUAUUUUAACUGCAUUGUACUACUUGAAUCCAAAUUGGGAGCGGGAAUGGGGUGGCCAGUUUGUCAUUUGGCCGUACCAAGACAAAUCCAUAUCAUCCAAAUGUUCACCAACUACGGAACAAUCGAAACCGUUGGCAAUUCUUCCAACUCUGGACCGAUUUGUCCUAUUCUUUGCGGAUCAGCGCAUUUUGCAUUGUGUACAACCGGUGCUUGCUUGCUCUGCGCAAAGUGAGCGUCUUGCUUUUGGUAUAUGGUACUUUGACCGGUAUGAACGUGAGGAAUAUCUUCGGUCUCAGGAUGAGUAA